UGAAACGUCGGCAUUAAAGAAACCCAAAACAAAGUUGUUUAUAUACAUCACAUAAUAAACCAAAAACAAAACAAUAUUAGAAAGAAAAAAACAAAACGGCGACGGUGAGAGUGUGAGACGACGGCAGUGCAGUUUAAUCGGAACUUAAUUUAACAACGAGGCUACAAAUAGAUCGAUUGCUAGUAAAUAUUGCAGAGUUGAUCAUUGGCGGACACAAGACAUUGUGAGAUAUUCCAGGUUUUUUUUUACUAUGCCUCCUAUUAUGCCUCCUAAGAAUAGAAAGUAUGAAUGUGGAAAUGAUAAACGUAAGAAAAGGAAAAAAAUUGAAGAGUUAAUUCAAUCUCAAGCAGGAGCUCUUGAUAAAUUUUUGAUAAAAGAACCACAAGUUCCAAAUGAAAGUCAUUAUGUUGAUAAUACUAAUGUUGAAAUUCUUGAUAGUGUGCCCAUUGAAAAUGAUAAUGUUGAUAGUGUGCCUAUUGAAAAUGAUAAUGCUGAUAGUGUACCUAUCGAUGAUGAAGUUAAUAAUGAUGAUGAUAAUCUUGAGGAAGUUAAUGAUGAUGAUGAUGAUGAUGAUGAUGUUGAUUACGAUAUAUUUGAUCCAAGAAAUUGGGAUCGUCUUCAACCUAAAAUGAUUGAUUUAUUAGUUAUGAAAGGGCCUAAACGGGAUAAUUCUAUUGUGAGGGGUCCUAGAGAUAAUUGGAAUCGACGCUUUACGACUAAUUUGUAUACUAGAGCUUUAGCAAAUGGAGAGAAGUGUGAUAGAGAUUGGCUUGUUUAUUCAAAAGAGCUUGAUAGAGUAUUUUGUUUCUGUUGUAAAGUUUUAAAAAAUGGGAUUGGUAGGGGACAAUUAGCAAAUGAGGGUUAUAGUGAUUGGUCACAUGUUGGUGCAAGAAUUAAAGAGCACGAGUUAGGCAUGGAACAUGUUAAGAAUAUGACUACUUGGUAUGAGUAUCGUCAAAGGUUGCAGAAAUUUCAAACUAUUGAUAAAACGACUCAAAGAUUAAUUGAGAAAGAAAAGGAUCACUGGAAAAAUGUUUUAAAAAGAGUUAUUUCAAUAGUGAAAUUUCUUGCUAAACAUAAUUUGGCAUUUCGUGGUUCUAAGGAAAAGUUGUACGAAGAUAGCAAUGGCAACUUUUUGGGUUUGAUUGAAAUGUUAGCUGAAUUUGACCCAAUUAUCCAAGAACAUGUUAGACGUGUUACAACUCAAAAAGUUCACACUCAUUAUCUUGGACAUAAAAUACAAAAUGAGUUGAUUUCAUUACUUGGUUCUGCAAUUAAAAUUGAAAUCAUUAGAAAAAUCAAACAAGCAAAGUAUUUCUCAGUAAUACUUGAUUGUACUCCGGAUGUUAGUCACCGAGAGCAAAUGUCUUUGAUAAUAAGAUAUGUGGAUGUUUCUUCAACUUCUAUUAGCAUUGAGGAAUCAUUUUUAGGAUUUUUGAAUGUGAAUGAUACAACUGGUCAAGGGCUUUUUGAUGUUUUACAAAAUGAAUUGAAAGAACUUGGUCUCGACCUAUUUGAUGUAAGAGGACAAGGUUAUGAUAAUGGGUCAAAUAUGAAAGGAAAACAUCAAGGUGUACAAAAGCGAUUUUUAGACAUAAAUCCAAGAGCUUUUUAUACUCCUUGUGGUUGUCAUAGUCUUAAUUUGACAUUGUGUGAUAUGGCUAACUCUUGUAAUAAAGCUAGGAAUUUUUUUGGAGUUGUUCAACGCAUUUACACAAUUUUUGCUAAUUCAACAAAGAGAUGGCAAAUUUUGAAAGAUAAUGUAAAAGGGUUGACUCCAAAAUCAUUAUCAUCCACUCGUUGGGAAAGUCGUGUUGAAAGUGUCAAAGCUAUAAGAACUCAAAUGUCAGAUUUUACAGAAGCUUUACUUGAAGUGUCAGAACAUGAUCUCGAUCCUAAGAUACAAAAUGAAGCUAAAUCCUUAGCAACUAAUGAGCUUGGUGAUUUUGAAUUUUUGAUGGCUAUAAUUAUUUGGUUUGAAAUAUUAUCUGCAAUUAAUUUUGUUAGCAAGCUUUUACAGGAAAAGGAUAUGCUUAUUGAUGUUGCUAUGGAAAAAAUAAAGGAGUUGAUUUCAUUUUUUGAAGGAUAUAGAGAAACAGGUUUUCAUAAGGCAUUGGUUAAUGCUAAGGAAAUUGCGGUUGAAUUGAAUAUCGCUCCAAUAUUUCCUCAAAGGCCUGUUGUUUCUCUUAAUAAGAGAUUUGAGCAAUACCAAGAGUAUGAAAGUAUUUUUGGUUUCUUGUUUACUUCUCACAAGUUACAAUCAUUGGAUGAUGCAACUUUGAAGUCUUUUUGUAGUAACUUUGAACGAGUACUGAAACAUAAUGAGCAAUCUGACAUUGACGGGAAUGAAUUUUUUGAGGAAUUAAAGUUACUAAGACAAAUGUUGCCUGAAGAAAUCAUAAGACCUACUGAUAUAUUAUUAUUUUCAAAAGGCUUGGAUUGUUUUCCUAAUACAGUUAUUGCAUAUAGAAUUUUGUUGACUAUUCCUGUGACAGUUGCUUCUGCAGAAAGAAGCUUUUCAAAAUUAAAGUUGUUAAAGACUUACUUGCGGUCUACCAUGUCACAAGAAAGACUUAACGGAUUGGCGUUGAUAGCAGUUGAAAAUGAUCUUUUGGAGACAGUAAAAUAUGAGGAUUUGGUUGAUGAAUUUGCUUCAAAAAGUGUUAGGAGGAAGGCUCUUUUUAAGUAG